AUAUUUAACAGUUUGGAGGUAACAGCUACCUGAUGCAGUUCAAGUAGCUUUUUCUCAAUCUCCUUGACAGCAUCAUGUCGUUCUUGCAUCUCUUCCAGAGUAUCAAUCACCUAAAUGCAUGAUUGAAGGUUGGUUAUAAGAUUUGUAGGCCUGUCUACUGUAGAAGGGUGUUAUAGAGAUUGAAAGUGUAGUUGAAUGCUAAAAGUAUUGGUUUUAUAGUUUGUCUAGUUAAACUUGUAUGCAUUUUCCUGAUAUCCUGCAUUAACUUGAAAUUGCAGAUAUUUCUCUAUCUAUCAAUUAUUGUCUUCAUCUGGUAAAUUGAACAUAGAAACUAUAACAAAGCUUGCUUACCUCCAAAGGACAAUUGGAAAAUAUUUGGAUAACCACAGCAAAAAUGCUCAAUGGAUGAAGUUGUUAUAUUUUCUUCUCUUUAGUCAGAAUCAGUUAUUGGAGUCAAGCUUACAUCUGAAUUCUGAGGGGAGGUGGUUGCAUAAAUGAUCUGAGUUAAAGUGGACUGUUGAUUGGAUCUACACCCUCGUACUACAAGUAGCUUAGCUUAACUUGUACUCUGUUGAAAGUUCUCCCUUCGACAUGGACAAGAUUUAGCAAUGAAGAUAAGAAAUGUUUUCUACUAUGCCAAGAACAAUCAGCUACCAGACAACCAUUCUCUCUUUUCUUUUUGUUCAGUGGAAAAUUGCAAAAUCAAGAGAUAUAGUUUAAAGGUUUACUCAUUGCCUAAGGGUCACUGAUCUCCUCCAAUGCAGGAUCAAGCUCAUUCUCCUUUGAAGAUAAUUUUGAUAUAAUGUGGGCAGAAGACCAUUUCAAAACUUCUUCUGAUGGUCAAGUCUGGUAUCUCUCCCUCGACAAGCAAACAGGCUGUGGAUUCCAAACAAAACAGAGAUAUAGAUUCGGGUGGUUCAGCAUGAAGCUGAAGCUGGUAGGUGGCGACUCUGCUGGUGUUGUCACGGCUUAUUAUAUGUGCUCGGACUUGGAUGCCGCGCCAGAGAGGGACGAGCUAGAUUUUGAGUUCUUGGGGAAUAGAAGUGGGGAGCCAUAUACAGUCCAAACCAAUGUAUAUAAGAGCGGUGUUGGUGGGAGAGAGAUGAGGCACAUGCUUUGGUUUGAUCCAACUGAAGAUUUUCAUACCUACUCCAUCCUCUGGAACAACCACCACAUAGUGUUCUUUGUAGACAGAGUCCCCAUCAGGGUAUACAAAAACAAUGGCAAACCGAACAACUUCUUCCCCAAUGAGAAGCCAAUGUACAUGUUCUCCAGCAUAUGGAACGCCGACGACUGGGCCACUAGAGGAGGUCUCGAGAAGACAGACUGGAAGAACGCUCCCUUUGUUUCCAGUUACGAGGACUUCAAUGCAGAUGGCUGCCAAUGGAAGGUCCCUUAUCCGUCUUGUGUCUCAACCACCACCGAGAACUGGUGGGAUCAGUAUGAGACAUGGAACCUUGCUGAUGACCAGCAAGAAGAUUUCGGUUGGGUUGGAAGGAACCUUGUUAUUUAUGAUUACUGCAAGGAUACUGACAGGUUUCCUGCAUUACCAGAAGAGUGUAGCCUUUUAGAUUAAGGCCCAUUGGAGAUGAUAAAAUGAAGGAGAAAACUGUUUUGUGUGAUUUCACCAAAGUAUAGGCUAAAUGAUUCUU